AUGUCUCAAGCCCAUACUGAUCAGAUGCGCGCGAGAGAAGAGAGUGGUGCCCUCGCUCGCCCUAUCACCCAAUAUCCGAGGAGCUCUUCGAGUCUUCUAACUAGUGAGCUCAUUCAGAAUGACAUCGUGGAUAUUCAGUUGCUGGAGCCUUUGCUUCAAUACUUUGUCCAAAAUUUUCAUCCAUAUCUCCCAAUUGUGCCCAGUCAUCUUUCUUCUUUGGAUAAUAUCACGCAAUCGUGGGCGAAGGAGACGUUUCUUUUAACAGCGGUGUUGACCGUCGCAACCAAGGACCGGGUGGGCCUGGAAAGCUUGCAUACAAGAAUAUCGCAGUAUAUGGAAAAGCUGUUGCUGCGAGUUGUGUUGGGUGCUGCCAGUGUUCGGCAUGUUGGCUCAGUGGAAGGACUGCUGCUUCUGGCUGAGUGGGUUCCACAUAUCAGUGCCGAGGAAUGUGCAAGGGAUGCUGCAGCCAACAACGGUCCGUCGCACCAAGUUCAAGUGACGCCAGAAGAGAGUGUUUCAUGGAAUCUCAUCGGUCUGGCGGUCCGACAAGCCUAUUUGUUACAUCUGGAAAGGUACUCGUUUCGAGGCGAGUGCAAGGAUGAGGAUGAGUUGGAGUAUCAUCGGAAUAGGCUGGCAUGGAUUUUUACAUACCUUGCCGACCGGCAGAUUUCUAUACAGAUGGGACAGGCAUUCUGGUGUCGCGGGCCUGGCUUAUCCACUCGGUUCACGAUCGACGACUACCCCUAUUUACGACCCCAAAAGGGGAAUGGGGUAGAUUAUGCGAGCUUUGUCCAGGCUCAAGUUGAGUUGACCACUAUCUUUGGGAAUAUCCAUGAUAUUCUGUACGCGUCCAAAACCCGCACGGUGCAGCUUAUGCUCAUGGGCGACUACACCAAGUAUCUUGACGAUAGCUCCAAGGCACUGGCCAUGUGGAAGGAAGCCUGGGCCAAUGUCGAUCUACCUCAUUAUCUAAGUGGUCUCUUGUGUCUUCAAUUCGAGUACCUACGUCUUUACAUCAAUGCGUUCGCUUUCCAGGCGGUUCUUUAUCGAACGCCCAAAAGUCCUGCUGGAUGUGAUAGUGGGAAGAGUUCGUACUUUCCAUACAGCGUCAUGGCUAGCGCCGAUGGUAGACACAUAUAUAUUGCUAUUGAUGCAGCCAAAAGCGUGCUCAAGUAUCUCAUGGAGCGGUUGAACCCAACACAGCACCUCCGGUAUAUUCCUGUCCGGUUCUACCUAUACGAAAUACAUGCGUCGGUGUUCCUUUUCAAAGCGCUGACUGUUGGAGCUUUAAACUCUGAGGAACACCAGACCUGUACCACGCUAGUUCGCCAGUUCAUCUCCAUGCUCAAAAGUGCAGCUACAAGCCCAUCACACAUUGCCUCCAGAUACGGCAAGCUGCUCACAAGCCUGUGGUUCCAAGGACAAACCACCCCCGACACAACAGAUGCCUUUGUUGAAUCGAGGCACUCGGCACAAAACCUACUCCCGAGUCCCAUAGACCUUGACGAUUUCACAAAUCCAUCCAUGAUAGGUAGUACUAACUCUUUCCAAGAUGACUUCCCUACCCAGCAGGUAUUACCGCUCCUGGAGCCAACUGAAGCUUUGGAGUGCCCGGACGUUUUCUUGUCUAACCUGCCGUUUCUUCGCGGCGGCUUUCCUGAUUUAGAUACCCAUGGUGUGGGGCAGCUUCUGACGGAUUUGUAA